GCGGUGAUGAUGAAAGAUAUCGGCAAACGGCCUCGUCGUGAAUCUCGAAGCGGGUAGAGAAGGGUAAAUUAGUUAUUUCACAAUUAAUAUUUUCUUUUCUGUUCUUUUUCGCUCUUCUUUUCUUCAUUAAUAGACUGUUACGUGUGCUCUAAGCGAAAACCAAGUAAGCCCCAACCCCUCUCUCUCUCUCUCUCUCUCUAAAACCCUUCUCAGUGUGCACGAUUCUCUCUCUCUCUAACGCCUGAGGAGUUACAGAUUCACAAACACAAAAACCAGUUUUAUAAGUUUUGAUCUGAUUUUUCUUCCGGUUGUAGAGAGAGAAAGGGUCAUAUAUUUUCUGCUGUUUUUGGAGAGAGAGGAUUUUUGAGGUGGGUGGGGAGUGAUGGAUGUUUAGGGUUUUCUAUGGGAGGGAUGAGAAAAUAGUACAAACGAUCAAGAAAAGCAAAAUGCGCAAGUCUUUCAAGGAUUCUAUCAAGGCACUCGAAGCUGAUAUCCAGUUCGCCAACACUCUGGCUUCUGAUUAUCCGAGGGAAUACGACGGGGCCUGCCUCCAAAUGAGACUAUCCUAUAGGCCGGCCGCACAAUUCUUCUGGUUUCUUAUUCGGUGGACUGAUUGUCACCUUGCUGGAGCCUUGGGAUUGCUCAGAAUUCUAAUAUACAAGGCGUACGAGGAUGGGAAGACCACCAUGUCUAUUCAUGAAAGAGAAGCUAGUCUAAAAGAGUUCUACGGCGUGAUAUUUCCCUCGUUAUUGCAACUCCAGAGAGGAAUGACUGAUGUAGAAGAUAGGAAACAGAAAGAAAUCUUAUCCGCCAAGUACAAGAGAAAAAAUGAGACGGACAAAGGAAAGCUCACCGAAAUUGAUUUAGAGCGAGAAGAAGAAUGUGGUAUUUGCAUGGAGAUGAACAGCAAGGUUGUAUUGCCCAAUUGCAGUCAUUCUAUGUGUAUGAAGUGCUACCGAAACUGGCGUACACGGUCUCAAUCGUGCCCCUUCUGCCGGGACAGUCUCAAAAGAGUCAACUCAAGUGAUCUUUGGAUCUACACCAGCAACAGCGAGAUUGUUGAUCUGUCUGCAAUCUCUAGGGAGAAUUCGAAGAGACUUUUUAUGUACAUCGAUAAGCUUCCUCUCAUCGCCCCAAAUCCUGCGUUUGUUUCGUAUGAUCUUCGUCGGCAAGGCGGAACACGGUGUGUAAGCAACCAGUUCCCGAUUUUUCUUCCAAGGGCCGGGAACCUGUUUGGUGGAAGAUGCGGCGCUGCCGCACGCACAUCGAUCAUCCAGACCGCGGUAGACGCCGUGCCGAUAGUGACCUACACAUGAUUCAUUACAAUUUUCAGAUGCUUAUGCACAAGCUCUCUUAAAAAGACAAUGACGCAUCUAAAGCUGAACAUUACAACAUAGAAUCAACUGUUCAGAUAUUAAUAUCCAAAAGAGGUGAGCAUAUAUGUACAGAAACAAGUGCAUUUUGAUGGCGAUUGCUUGAUCCUAUGUAGUACUAGCUUGGUACUGAUGAGUUUUAAAAGAAAAAAAAACGGGUAUAAAAAAAAAAAAAAUGUGUUUGAUAAACAUUCAACUUCAGCAUUUUGUUUCACAGUUUUGGAUGAAAAAAAACUAAAAGUAGUGAUAAAAAUAAACCUUGAUAUGUAAGUUAUUUUCUAAUCUUAUGGGUUUAUGCUAA